AUGAAGCUCUCUUCCAUCUCCCUCCUCACGGCAGCAACUCUAGCAGCCGCAAGCCCCCUCUCCCUCCCCCUCUCCACCCGCCAGGAUCCCUCCAUCAUCUGGCCAUACCGCACAUACCGCUGGUUCAUCCGCGACGGCACCACAAUCGAAGACCCGCAAGACCAGCUGCUCGUAGUGAAAGACAACGACCCCGCGCACGAGUCCAGCGCGCUCGUCACCUUCCAAAUCACGCCGGAUCUCGAAGGCCGCACGUGCAAGCUCAUUCUCGACCUGUGGGAUCGCGAUGUCUCGACUGGGUCGCAGACCGCUGAUGUCUUUGACUCGGUGAAUCCCGGGAACAGGGGCGAGUAUGUUGGGAGAGUGCGCCUGCCCAAGCCCGGUUCUGCGGAGUGGAUUUCUUCUUCCGAUAAGGCGCCUGAGUUUCCAUGUCCGGCUGGAGCGUUGAUUGGGUUUGAGUUUGUGGGGGCUGGGGAUGAGGUUGCUGUGAGGUGGGAUAUUGGGGCUACUGGGCCGAGGGUGCAGGUUCAGUGA